UAAAUGACUCCACCGACGCCUCUCACCGGCUCCACUCUCCGCCACUCACUGCUUUUCCUCUCCGGCAGAACUGAACCAGAAAGGAGGAGCAAAAACCCAGCUUGAAGAUGGAAAGAUUGACAGCGUUCUUUGCUCUCUGCUUCCUCUCAGCUACUAUCGUCGGCGCUCACUCCUCCGGCAACCCUUUUCUCGUGAAGGGCAAAGCCUACUGUGAUACCUGCAACUGCGGCUUUGAAACUACCGCCACCAAGUACCUCGCCGGGGUGACGGUUCAGAUUCAGUGCAAGGACAGAAAGACCAAUGCUCUCACCUACACCAUCGACGGCGUGACAAACUCCGAUGGAGAAUACAACAUUCUGGUGAACGGCGACCGUGGAGAUAACCUCUGCGAUGUGGUUCUGAUGAAGAGCCCAGACCGCCGUUGCAGUGUGCCAAACAAAGGCCGUGACAGGGCCCGUGUCAUCCUCACCCGUAACAACGGUAUGGUCAGCGACAUUCGCUACGCCAACAACAUGGGCUUCACCACCACGGAGCCUCUGGCUAGUUGCCCCCAAAUCCUCGCUCAGUAUCACUUGAACGACGACAAUUUUUAAGGAUCCUAGUACUCUGCAGCUUGCUUUGUUUUAUUUUGUUUGAGUGAGGCUUAAAAGCAUCCUUAUAUCUAUGUUAUUAGUUGUGGAUGUUGGUAUCAUUUCCCUAUUUGUGAAACUCAAUUUAAUAGUUCGUUAAAUUGAUGUUAGUUUAAACUUUAUUUUAA